AUGUCGUCAAUUGCGGCAUUUGCACGAGCAGUGGAGGCAUCAGAUCAAUCUGAUGCAGUUGCGCGAUCGGCCUGGGAACAGAGUGGAGAGAUCGCCGAUCGACAGCGAUCAUUCCUAUCAAGAGAACAUUCAGUGCACGAGAAAGCCCUGCAGCGGCGUAUUCUCACAGCAUCAACAUCCUCCUCGUCAGAACUCCCAACACCAUAUGAUACCCUCUCCUAUGACUUCGCCAACUCAACCAGCUGCAUAAACUUCUACAAGAAGUGGCGUGCAAACUCCACAAUCACUGACUGUCACGCCGUCUCCCUCCUCCUCGCAAACUCCAAUUCCUUCUUCCACACCUUGACCUCAGCCGCCGCUACAUCCCGCGUUCUCGAUGCUUCCUGCUCCCAGGAUGUAUCCCAAUGCUCUGCAAUCAUGACCUCCCUCGCGGCCGACCUUCUCAGCAGCGAUAAUUGCGCGGAGGACUAUGGCAAUGGAAAUUCGGUCGUGACGGGCACCUACAAAGACUUGGUUGCUUAUGAGCCUAUGUACCGUGCUACUUGUUUAACUAGCCCGUCGACACAGGAUUACUGUUUUGUGGAUGCUGCGACGAAUUCGUCCGCGCCCGAUGAUUAUAAUGUUUACUUUAUGCCCAUUGGGAGUGCGUUGAGUGUCGGUGCAGAACCCACUUGCAGUCAGUGUUUGCAGGCGACCAUGGAUGUCUUUGCUAUUUGGGCGAAGAAAAAUGGUCAGUCGCUUGAUACUACUUACCUUCCUUCUGCGAGGAUUAUCAACUCUCAUUGUGGCUCUGGAUUUGCCAGUACCAAUGUUACUGUUGGUUCGAAUGUUAUAUCCGGUGCUGGUUCUACUGCUUCGCUACCAGGUCUUUGGUCUAUAGCCGUGAUUGGAUUUGGACUUGCCAUUUUGACUAAUAUGGUUUGA